GACCACGGGACAGCAAGCCACAGGCCUAAGGAGGGAAUGCCGGUAGUUUAUUCACAUUGCUGGAGCAGGACAGUGAUGGAAUCACUUACGGAACGCGGCUUGAAACCCCCUGAUCAUGUGGUGCUAGACGAUCAUAGAAAUAAGGGUCUCUGUCCUCUAUCCCUUCUCUUAUCUUCCACACUGACUGUGUUGGUUAGUUAUUGUUGUAGAUACAUACUAUUGUAUGCAAAUAAUAUAAGGCAAACAGCACAGCUAUACUCAGGUGAAUUCAAUGAAAAAAGAGCUUCCCUGGGUGUGAUUCAA